AUGGUGGACAACAAGGAUCUGGAAGCGGAAAUCCAUCCCUUGAAGAAUGAUGACAGGCAAUCUCAGGAGAACCUGCAGAGUCGCUCCGAUAAGGAAGACCCCUGCAAGAGCCCACCUCCGCGGUCCCGACUGUCCCGGUGCCGGACAGUGGCCUUCUUCGUCUCCCUGUUUAUCUGCCUCUUAGUGGUGUUUGUUGUCUCAUUCAUUGUUCCCUGUCCUGAUCGACCUGCGUCACAACGGACAUGGAGAAUUGAUUACAACACCGCAGUCGCCUAUAACUUUCUGGCCAUGGAAGACGUAAACAGAGAUAGGAUCCAAGACAUCCUCUUCCUUUAUAAAACCGCCAACAGCAGCAAUUCCAACCGAUCCUGCGCAGAUGAAGGCUUCUCCUCUCCCUGUGCCUUCGCGGCUGCUGUGUCUGGAGCCAAUGGGAGUCUGCUCUGGGAGAGGCCUGUGGCACAGGAUGUGACCCUGGUACAGUGUACUAGCCCCCAGCAGAGGGACAGUGGGGUGCUGUCAGCCUGCAUCCUCGUGGAGGGAUCCGGAUUGGUCAUAGCUUUGGACCCUUUCACAGGGGAAGCCUUAUGGAGUCAUCCCAGCAGCCUCGGGGGGAACACGUCCAUCCUGAGUCUCCUGCUUGGGUUACCUGACGUUGACAGUGAUGGGCUCCCUGACUUGCUGGUCCUCACCAGGGAGGACAAGGAGAUGAGCUGCUACCUCUACUCAGGCGGCACCGGGAGCCAGGUUGGCAGCAAAGGCCGCCUCGGGACAGACGGGGAGAAGGACGUACUCUUACACGUCACCAGGACAGGAGCCCACUACCUCCUGUUUCCCUGUGCACGUUCCCUCUGUGGCUGGUCCUUGAAGAGUCUGCUGGAGGGGAUGACGGGGCGAGAGAGCCACCUCCAGAGGGACCUGAUCUGGGAGCGCACCAUCAACACCACCACUUACAGGUUGGUUUGUGCCCGCCUCCUCUAUCACAGCCCCAGGGCCAUCCGCUACCAGAUGCUUGUCCCUGGGAGAGCUGGCGAGGACCUGCUCCUCGUGGGCUCUGAGGCCUGUAUGCUGCUGGAUGGACAGGACUUGGUGCCCCGCUGGAUCCUCGGUGACACCCAGGUCUUCAGAAAACCCAUCCUUGGUCACUACAAACCCGACACCUUGGCAGUGGUCAUUGAAAAUGGAACCGGCAUCAACAGACAGGUUCUGCUCCUGGGCCUCGAAACUGGGGCCAUCCUGUGGCAUCAGCCCCUCCCAGACCUCCCCAGGGGUCCACCGUCCGCUAGCGUGCUGACUGCAGACCACCGCUCCGCCUUCUUCUUCUGGGGCCUGCCUGAGGGGGUCGGCACCAACCAGAUGGACACCCCACGCAGCCUCUACAUGUUCCACCCCACCCUGCCUGGUGUCCUGCUGGAGCUGGCCAAUGUCUCGGUCAAUAUCAUUGCCUUCCAGGCUGUCCUGUUGGAGCCAAGCCGUCACGCCGCCUACAUCCUGCUGACAGGCCCAGAGAAUCCUGCUGCCCCUGGCCUGGUCUCGGUGACCAAACACAAGGUGCGGGACAGUAUCCUGGACAGCAGAGUCGUGUACCUGGGUCGUGACCGGGACAACAGCGACCAGGCUGUCAGGGACCACUUCUUCCGGCUGCGGUACCGGAGCGAGUCGUGA